UGGGCUAAGGCCGCUGACCUCUCUCCAGGCUGCCCGACUCGCGUGAAGCCAGCGAGGCGAGGUAGCUUCCAUCUCCCGUGUCUCGUCUCCUAUGCUUGAUUCUGUAGUUUCUAUGAAGUGUUUCUAUGAAGUGUUGGAAUCGAUCUCAGAUUUUUCAGUAUUCGAUUGACUUUGAUCGGAUUUGGUCGUAGAUCGGUUCGAAAUCAGGGUUUUUGGGGCUGAAGCGAGCUUGAUCUGAGGUUUUGGUUGUCUUCUUGGGCCUAAUUUUGGGGGGCUUUGAAUUGGUUUAGUUGGUUUCAGUUGUUAGGGUUUCCAGAUUUGGAGGGUUAAACUGUAAAUCAUUACUUGAUACUUGUUUUGGAAAAUUAUGCAUCAUUCCUCUGAGUCUCUUGGAUAUCGAGUUCGAUGAUAUAGGGAUGAUUGGGUUUUGUUCCGAGGUUGGGGAUUUCUAGGGUUCCUCAGAGUUCCAUGGGGAACUCCGGCGCUGACUGGCGGUGUAACUGUUACAAAGUGCCAGGACUCUCUUCGCCGAUUCUGGAAUCGCCGCACAUCGCCUACCUCGGCGAUCGCUACGUGCUCCGCGAGCAUCUGGGCUGGGGUCAGUUCGGCGUGAUCCGAGCUUGCUCUGAUUUGGUCUCUGGCGAGGCGCUGGCCUGCAAAUCCAUCGCCAAGAACCGGCUUGUCUCCGUCGAGGACGUUCGCAGUGUUAAGCUGGAGAUCGAGGUAAUGGCGCGGCUUUCCGGCCACCCUAAUGUGGUGGACCUCAAAGCCGUGUACGAGGAAGAAGAUUUUGUUCAUUUGGUUAUGGAGCUAUGUGCCGGCGGGGAACUUUUUCACCGCCUUGAGAAACACGGCCGGUUCGUGGAGCGGGAGGCGGCGGUAAUAUUCCGGCAUCUGAUGGAGGUGGUGUUGUUCUGCCAUGAUAAUGGAGUUGUUCAUCGGGAUUUGAAGCCGGAAAACAUUCUUUUGGCUACCAAGUCUUUAUCUUCUCCUAUCAAGCUUGCGGAUUUCGGCCUCGCUACUUACAUCCAACCUGGGCAGAGUCUGUGUGAGACUGUGGGAAGCCCAUUCUAUAUAGCACCAGAAGUGUUGGCAGGCAGCUAUAACCAGGCGGCAGAUGUUUGGAGUGCAGGGGUUAUUCUCUACAUUCUACUAAGUGGAAUGCCGCCGUUUUGGGGAAAGACUAAGUCAAGGAUCUUUGAUGCAGUAAGAUCAUUGGAGUUGAGGUUCCCAUCUGAUCCAUGGGAUGGGGUGUCUGAACCCGCAAAGCAAUUGGUUUCCGGGAUGUUAUGCAGAGAUCCACUACAGAGACUAACGGCUAAGCAGGUUCUAGAGCACUCAUGGAUACAAGAAUAUGCUCAGCAAAUGCAAGAAACUGAUAGCCAUCAAACUGUACUAAGUUUUGUACAAGAGGACUUGGGAAGCUGUUCUUUCUCAAGUUUCUCAAAUCCAAUCACCCCAAGAAGCCAUGAUUUCAGCUUUGGCUUCAGCCCAGUUGUAAAUUCUGGCACCGGGACUUCAUUUUCUCCAUUACAAGCUGAUACCACAACUGGCUUUACCUUCCCAUUGCUCCCCAGCUUCUCAUUCUUCAGCCCCCCUCCAAAUCCUCAAGAAAACAUUUUGAAUUUGAGUUCCAACAAUGCAAAAGGAAACACCAUUCAAAGAGACUCCAGCUUUGGGAUGCUAUUUGACAAGGAAGCUAAGGGGUUAGCGGCUACACCGAGACCAGUCGGGCUUCGAAGCAAGCGAAAUCAUACCAUCGGCCUCGGUGAACACGAGCAGCUCGAUCUCAUGGUAUCGGAAUCCGUCAUACGAUGGGCUUCCUGCACGCAUCUUCCGAGCGCAGCAUCUCUCAGAUCAUCGCUUGUUUGCUGAUUAUAAAUGUAUUAUAUCAAAUUGGUGAAUGAAGAGCUGGGGUAAUUGUAUUAUAAUUGUAUUUGUUUACCAGAGCUUUCCGUAGGUUAUAGGAGAUUGAAAAUUGUUCUUGUUAAUGUCAGGGUGAGUUUUCUCCUGUUAAUGUAUUAUUGGCAUCAGAUGUGUGCUCUGUGAGUGGACUACUGUUUCCAUUCUUAUAAUUAAAGCAAGAGCAAUCUUCAGUUCA